UCUCUCUCUCUCUCCUCCACUGCACAUAUUCUCCGUGUCUCUCUGUGCCUUCCUUUCGAAUUUUCAAUCGCAACGCCGUUUCUUCCGCCUUCUCCCUCCGGUCCAACCUUCCCUUUCCCCUUCGCACAUAUUCUCUCCCUCUCUCGCGAGCGAGCAUUGCGUGAACCCUUCCCGGUUUCCGGUCUUUCCUUCCCCGUCUCUGAGAACCCACCGGAGCAAAGACCGGUUGCUCGGCUACGUACCCAGCUCGAAACCUCCCGCUUCGCCGCCGCCGCCGCCGCCGCCGAUUUUCUUGGAGGGUCGAACUCCGAACUCCGACUCGGGUUGGUCUCUGUUUUCGCCGAUCGUUCACCCAGCUCCAUGGAUUCCCAGGUGCUGGUGGCCCUCGCCCUCUCGCUCGUGGGUGGUCUGAGCACUUCCGUAGGGGCACUAAUUGUUAUUCUCAACCCGGCUCCAAAUUUGAAGAUGCUCGGUCUUUUGCAGGGUUUUGCUGCAGGCCUUAUGCUGAGUAUAUCGUUCCUAGAUUUGGCUCACAAUGCUUUGAACUCAAUUGGCUUUCUGAAAGGGAACCUUUGGUUUUUUGCAGGUGUCAUGUUUUUCGCUAUUGUGGUCAAUUUUAUCCCAGAACCAACGAUUACCCCCACUUCUGAAUUGAAAAAUAAGAAGCAUACAGGGGAUGAAGGGGGAAAGGAUGUGAUGAAGAAGCAUCGGCGCCAGGUUCUGUUUAGCGGGAUCAUUACAGCAGUAGGGAUUAGCUUGCAUAAUUUUCCAGAGGGAAUGGCUGUCUUCCUUGGAUCCAUGAAGGGCCUUCGUGUUGGGCUUAACUUGGCAUUGGCCAUUGCUUUGCAUAACAUACCAGAGGGCGUCGCUGUUGCAUUGCCCAUAUAUUUUGCUACACAAAGCAAAUGGCAGGCAUUCAAACUUUCAACACUUUCUGGUUUUGCUGAACCUCUUGGUGUAAUUAUUGUAGCCUAUCUAUUUCCAAGCAGCUUGAGUCCUGAAAUCCUUGAGGGCCUGCUGGGUGCAGUUGGUGGAGUGAUGGCUUUUCUGACCUUACAUGAAAUGCUGCCACUUGCAUUUGAUUAUGCCGGACAGAAGCAGGCUGUAAAAGCUGUGUUUUUGGGGAUGGCUUUCAUGUCAGCUAGCUUAUAUUUUCUGGAAAUCAGCUUACCCAGGGAGAUGAGCUUAUAGAGGAUCCUAAUAAAAAACUUUGGAUGUUGCUGUUAAUUAUGAGUUUGACAUCAUAGGGCCAUGUAACAAUGACU